AUGUGGCCACCAAUUCAGGUGGAACCGACAGGAAAACAAAAAAAAAGCUUGGAGCGUUACAUAACAGCGCAGUGCUAUUCAAUAGAAUCGCGAACAGCUGUGCGAAAACCACGAACCGAAGUUCUUGCGAAACGGAACUGGACGGUAAAAACCGCGCAUAGAUAUGUCGAAGACUCGAGACGAGCAAAGAUGGAUGUAGCCAUACGUGGUCGCCUGGAAAUUAUGGCAAAAAAAAGUAAUAGAGAGGAGAAUAAGCAUUUGGGAGCUCACCAGCGUUGCUUGGGGAUGGCCCUGAAAUUAAUCGGAGGGCGAAGUGAGCAUGAGCUACAGCGGCAAUACCAAUGCCUUGCAGAACAACUUGGAGAACUCGCUGAAACAUUUAAAUUUCAGGAAUAA